CGAGACGGUUCCCCGGCCGUCUCCCCGCCCGUCAUUCACGGUUAAAUCAUGGCGUCCGCCAGCACAGGGAGCAGAGUGUCCUGCGGGAGAGAUUUGAAUUGUGUGCCGGAAGUCGCCGAUACGUUAGCUGCGGUCGCUAAACUCGGAUUCGACUUCCUGUGCAUGCCUCUGUUCCACCCGCGGUUCAGGAGAGAGUUUGAGGUGGACCCUGCUAAGACCCGUCCCGGAGCCCAGACCCGCUCAGACCUGCUGCUCUGUGGGAGAGACUGGAAUACUCUUAUUGUUGGAAAGCUUUCACCAUGGAUCGAGGCAGACUCCGAAAUCGAGACAGAACGGAGGAACUCAGAGGCUGCUCUGGUGCAGGAGCUGAACUUCUCAGCCUACCUCGGUCUUCCUGCCCUCAUGAUCCCUCUUAAAGGCCCUAAUUGCGCCAAUCUGGCCCGUCUGCUGCUCAACCACAUCCAGACCGGACAUCACACUUCCAAUUUCUGGAUACGCGUCCCACUGAUGGCCCCGGAGGACAUUCGAGAAGAACUCAUAGAGAAUGAGCCAAACCAAUGCACUGAUGAUGCCAAUGUUGAUGAGAAGACCUGGGGCUGGUGGCACUCGUUCAGAACUCUCUGUGACUACAACAAGCGGGUUUGCCUUGCUAUCGAAGUGGGCGCAGACAUGCCCUCAGACUCUGUGAUUGACAAGUGGCUCGGUGAGCCAAUAAAAGCAGCCAUACUUCCCACCAGUAUCUUCCUAACCAAUAAGAAGGGCUUUCCUGUCCUGUCUAAACCACAUCAGCGAAUAAUCUUCCGUCUCUUCAAGCUGGAGUCCCAGUUCAUCUUUACAGGCACCAGUCGCCACAGUGAAAAGGACUUCCGCUCUUAUCUGCAGUACCUGGAAUACCUCAACCAAAACCGGCCUGCGCCCAAUUCUUAUGAGCUCUUUGCUAAGGGCUAUGAAGACUACCUGCAGUCCCCACUUCAGCCUCUCAUGGACAACUUGGAGUCUCAGACUUAUGAAGUGUUUGAGAAGGACCCUAUUAAAUACUCACAGUACCAACAGGCCGUCUAUAAGUGUCUACUAGACAGAGUUCCUGAGGAACAGAAGGACACUAACGUACAGGUGUUGAUGGUGUUGGGGGCAGGUCGAGGUCCACUGGUUAAUGGAUCCCUGCGUGCUGCCAGGCAGGCAGAUAGGAAGGUGAAGGUCUACGCUGUGGAGAAAAAUCCUAAUGCUGUUGUGACGUUGGAAAACUGGCGCUUCGAGGAGUGGGGUGAUCAGGUCACGGUGGUGUCAUGUGACAUGCGGGAUUGGGUGGCGCCAGAGAAGGCUGACAUCAUUGUCAGUGAGCUGCUUGGGUCUUUUGGAGACAAUGAACUUUCCCCUGAGUGCUUAGACGGCGCGCAGCACUUUCUCAAAGAUGAUGGCGUGAGCAUUCCCUGUUCCUACACAUCUUUCCUUGCUCCCCUGUCCUCCUCAAAGCUUUACAACGAGGUGCGAGGAUGUCGGGAACGUGACAAAGACCCCGAGUGCCAUUUUGAGACGCCCUACGUAGUGCGCCUACACAACUUCCACCAGUUGGCAGAGCCCAAGGCAUGCUUCACCUUCACUCACCCCACCACAGAUAUGAACAAUAACCGGUAUCAGUGCCUAAGAUUCUCAGUGGGUUGUAACUCAGUGCUCCAUGGCUUUGCCGGCUAUUUUGAGACCACGCUCUACAAAGAUGUCACACUCAGUAUCAAGCCAGAUACGCAUUCUCCUGGAAUGUUCUCCUGGUUCCCCAUCCUGUUCCCCCUCAAACAACCCAUCCCCCUUACGCGUAAUGACGAUGUCACGGUGCGGUUCUGGCGUUGCAACAAUGGGAAGAAAGUGUGGUAUGAGUGGGCUGUGACCGAGCCCUCCUGCUCAGCCAUCCACAACUCAGCAGGACGCUCCUACACCAUCGGCCUGUGAUGAUGCACAUAGCAAUACACCCACCCACACACUUACUCGCACACAUUUCUACAGACUCUUAGUGGAAAAUUUAAGUGGAUGUUGUCUGGCUCAUUUUUACAAAUUGAGUUACCCUGGACUCUUGCUAUGAGGCCUCAAGCCUCCACUGACUCUGAGUGGGAACCACCAAAGUGCGUUCUUUUGAAUUUGUCAUGUAGGCGUUAAUUGGAUAAACAUGAUUGGAGUCCAGUUGUGUGUGAAUUUGACCAAGGAAUUAAGUCCAGCAGAUAAGAACUACCAUUGGAUUAUCAUUCAUUAACAAAGUUAACUUUAAUCAAAUAAGUCAAAAUGAGACUAGCUCAUCAAGAUUGGGUUUAAUUGGUCACUGUCACUGUAAAUGGAUUGCCCCAUCCCUGGUUCAUCAUGCUUUUUUUUAAGGGUAUUUUGUUUUGGUUGGUUUUUUAGUUGUUUUUGGGUUUUUUUUUUUUACUGUUUUUCAUCAGGCACUAACUACUGCAGCCACACACUCAAACAGGACCUCUGCUUUAUUGAGCACACAUUCCACAUUCUCCAGUAAAACACUUUCCAUCAAACAUGAUUGGGAAGGAUGAAAGUUAGGCACGUCCAACCACGAACCUUGAUUUUACUUUUGACUUUGCGUUCUGUUAGUCUGUUUCUCAAUGUCUGAAUCAUGUCAAUAAAGGAAAAAAACU